AACCCAUUACCCCGGCGCUUCCUGACACCUCAAUACCCACAACCCCCAGCUCCGUGAAACGUCAGCCGCAGUCAGCGUUGCAUCUCCAACAUGGCGUCGCUGGGAAGGAGGCGCGCUGUCCCAGUAAACAGGGAGAGGGGAGUGAUGGCGGCCACCGACUGCUACAUCGUGCACGAGAUCUACAACGGGGAGAACGCCCAGGACCAGUUUGAGUUUGAGCUGGAGCAGGCGCUAGAGGCGCAGUACAAGUACAUCGUCAUCGAGCCCACGCGCAUCGGCGACGAGACCGCCCGCUGGAUCGCCGUGGGCAACUGCCUCCACAAGACGGCGGUGCUGUCGGGCACGGCCUGCCUGCUGACGCCGCUGUCCCUCCCCCCGGAGUACUCCCGCUACGUGGCGCUGCCCGCCGGCGCCCUGAGCGUGGCGUGCUCCGCCCUCUACGGCAUCUCGUGGCAGUUCGACCCCUGCUGCAAGUACCAGGUGGAGUACGACGGCCAAAGACUCUCGCGGCUGCCGCUGCACACGCUCACCUCGUCCACGCCGGUGGUGCUGGUCCGGCGCGACGACGUGCACAGAAAGAGACUCCACAACACGAUAGCGCUGGCCGCCCUGGCCUACUGCGCCAAGAAGAUCUACGAACUCUACGCCGUAUGAGGCCGCCGCGGCCGGCUCAGCCAACCACAGCUGGAGAGGAGGAGUUUAAAA